AUGCGCGCGCUCAACUCAAAUGAGUUUUUAAAUAAGCCUGGCUUCCUCGGCGCCGCAGCGCGCUUCUGGCAGCGCUCGUAUGCUUCGGACUAUGUUGGCAUUGUGAUACUGACAUGCGGGUAUAUAUUGGCACAGAUACAAUUCCUCGCCGAACCCUUCCACCGCAUGUUCUUCCUCGACAACCUCGCCAUCGGCUACCCACACGCCGAAGAAGAGCGCGUGCCAGUCUCAUGGCUCUUCAUAUACGCCGGCGCGGUGCCCCUCGGUGCACUCAUCGCCUGGGCUCUCAUCCUCCGCCCCGGAACACACAAGGCGCAUGUUACCAUCCUGGGCUGGUUCAUCAGCAUGAUCUUGACCAUGUUCAUAACAGACGUGAUCAAGAACGCUGUUGGGCGUCCCAGGCCAGAUCUGAUUGCGAGAUGUAAACCCGCUCCUGGGACGCCAGCACAUCAACUCGUCACAUUCGAAGUCUGCACCGAGACAAAUCACCACGUCCUACACGAUGGCUGGCGCAGUUUCCCCAGUGGGCAUAGCAGUUUCUCCUUCAGUGGUUUGGGCUAUCUUGCACUUUUUAUUGCAGGCCAAUGCCACGUUUACCGCCCUCGCGCCGAUCUCGCCCGCGUCCUUCUCGCCCUCACUCCUCUCCUCGGCGCUGCAUUGAUCGCUAUUUCCCGCUGCGAGGACUAUCGACACGAUGUGUACGAUGUUAGUGUUGGGUCGGUGCUGGGCAUGGCCGUUGCGCAUUACACGUAUAGGAGGUAUUAUCCGGCCCUGAGGAAUAGGCAGUGUGCUACGCCGUUUCCUAAUCCCGCGGACGACAAGGGCUGGGGGAAGAUCAAGGGCGACGAAGAGAGCUUGAGGGCUGCGAGUGAGUUUGAAUUGGAUGACCUUGAUGAGGAAGAUGGUGUGGAGGGAGAAGGGAGGCCGUUGAAUGGGAGACGAUAA